UACGACAUGACACCUGGUAGAAUGCAGUUUGAUGGCUGCCUGUGAUCUUCCUAAAUCCAUGACCAGUAAAUGUGACAUUAGUAAGAAGCAGGAGAAAUGGAAUACCAUGUAUCUACUGGACGCUUAAGUUACCUCAGAGAUGACCUUUACCAUCAAACUGAUGAGAAGAAGAGGAAAAUGACACCUAGACAUUGGGAAACUGCGAAGCAAACGAUAGAGAGGGAUGCAAAAAAACAAUGUGCAGGGUAUCAAAGUGAAAGGAGACGUCUAUUUCACCCCUGGGUGCGAGACACGGAGGACAAUGUAUCCUUAAGAAACUUUUAUCAAGAUGACCUUUACCAUCAAAUUGAUGAGAAGAAGAGGACAAUGACACCUAGAAAUUGGGAAACUGCGAAGCAAACGAUAGAGAGGGAUGCAAAAAAACAGCGUUCAGGGUAUCAAAGUGAAAGGAGACAUCAGUUUCAUCCCUGGGUACGAAACACGGAGGACAAUGUAUCCGUAAGAAGCUUUUAUCAAGAUAACGUUUUCCGUCAAACUGAUGAGGAGGAGAGGAAAAGUACACCAAGACAUUGGAAAACUGCGAUGCAAAAUAUACAGAUGGAUGCAACAAAACACCUUUUAAGGGAACAAAGUGAAAGGGGACAUCCGUUUUACAGCUUGGAUGACGUUUACCAUCAAACUGAUGAGGAGAAGAGGAAAAUAACACAUGGACAUUGGAUAUCUGGGGAGCACAGUUUAGAGAGGGAUGCAACAAAACAACUUUCAGAUGAUCGAAGUGCAAGGGGAAUUCAGUUUUACCACUUGGGACGAGACAUGGAGGACAAUGUAUCCAUUGAAAGCUUUUAUCAAGUUCAAGAUGACCUUUACCAUCAAACUGAUGAGAAGAAGAGGACGAAAAUGACACCUAGACAUUGGGAAACUGCGAAGCAAACGAUAGAGAGGGAUGCAAAAAAACAACGUUCAGGGAAUCAAAGUGAAAGGAGACAACAGUUUCACCACUUGGGACGAGACACGGAGGACAAUGUAUCCAUUGGAAGCUUUUAUCAAGAUGACCUUUACCAUCAAACUGAUGAGAAGAAGAGGACGAAAAUGACACCUAGACAUUGGGAAACUGCGAAGCAAACGAUAGAGAGGGAUGCAAAAAAACAACGUUCAGGGAAUCAAAGUGAAAGGAGACAACAGUUUCACCACUUGGGACGAGACACGGAGGACAAUGUAUCCAUUGGAAGCUUUUAUCAAGAUGACCUUUACCAUCAAACUGAUGAGAAGAAGAGGACGAAAAUGACACCUAGACAUUGGGAAACUGCGAAGCAAACGAUAGAGAGGGAUGCAAAAAAACAACGUUCAGGGAAUCAAAGUGAAAGGAGACAACAGUUUCACCACUUGGGACGAGACACGGAGGACAAUGUAUCCAUUGGAAGCUUUUAUCAAGAUGACCUUUACCAUCAAACUGAUGAGAAGAAGAGGACAAUGACACCUAGACAUUGGGAAAUUGCGAAGCAAACGAUAGAGAGGGAUGCUAAAAAACAACGUUCAGGGAAUCAAAGUGAAAGGAGACAUCAGUUUCACCGCUUGGGAACGACUGAAUCAUCCAGCAAGAGCACAUUUCCAGAUCCUUUUGAAGAAAUUUCCGUACGACAUGCAACGAAGCAUGGAAACAUCCGUUUGUUGCGUGCGUUAGCAGCAAAGUCAAAUGGAGGUCUCACCGACUUUAAACAUACUUUUCCCUUGCACACCGCCGUAUCGCUUGGAAUGAAGAGAACCACGUCGUUUCUUCUACAAUCUGGAUUUGAUUUGGAGGAGAGAAAUGAGUUUAAUCGGAUUCCAACCCAGUGUUUCGAUCCACGGAAUGACAAUGUUUUGUGUGAAUACAUAAGGAAAAUAGAUGGAACAGAUGUUCCUCUGUCACCACCUAGCUCACAUGAACCCAAUGUUAUCAUCGUUGGUAAAGGCUCAUGUCACGAGGAAACUGUCUGCAUUGUCAACAUGGAGAGAGUUGAUUUAUCUACAAGAACGGUUUACUGUCCCUCUGCACAGUUCCGAUCAACUUUCAAGGACAGAGACCCAUCAAGACAAAUGUUUUUUGUCUCCCCUUUCCUUUCCGAAUACAGCAUGGUCUGUACCUAUCAAAUGUUCGGUUUGCUUUGGCUCCUUGGGAGAUACCAUGCAGAGGACUUCCUUAAAUGCUUGAACGAUAUAGUCCUUCCAGAGAAAAACAUCCUGCGAUGCAAAGAUGGCAGCACGGGCGUUAUCGAUUUCUGUACUUGGAUCAAAAGCAGAGAGGUGGAACAUAAAGACCACGACAACGAAAGUAGUAUGGAAAAAUUACCCGGUUGGAUUCGCGCGCUACUCCAAAAGACAUCUGAAUCCGUGCGUGCGGAUAAGAUUCGCUGUGAUGGAUGGACGCCGAUGCAUUACGCUGUCCUGACACGCAAUGAUGAACUCGUCAAACAAUUGCUAAACUCGGGGGAGGGACAUUUGACAAACAAGGCACAUUCGUUGCUCCCUGAAUUUAUCCUUGACCAACUAAAAAGAGAAAGCCGUUUUGAGUAUGAGUUUGUUUACAGUCACAUAGAAGGAUUCACGCCUCUAAUGCUUGCAACAUUCACAGAAAAUCAAACGGCGAUUCAACUGAUUGGUCAAUGUAUUGAAACAUUGAACAUGUUCAACGGAAAAGAUAUCGUUGAUUGUCUCGAGUUAGCAUAUUGUGAGGACACGGAAAGUAAUCUUCUUGACGUCCUUUGUCGGAAAGGUGAAGAACAUUUGAAGCAAAACUAUCAUGUUGAAGUCAACUUACAACCCUUUUACCGAAAGAAAAACCCGUCGAGAAGGAUACUGUUUGCUUCCUCAACAGAUGUGCUUGAGACAAUUGAAGAGGAUUUCGUCGCUGCCAAAAUCAUAGUUGAGAACAAAGCUAUCAUCAACGAAUAUCUGAAAACGGGUACCACAGCCGAGGUUCCCGAAAAAGAAGAUAAACUUUUGGCAGAAACGAUACGGCUUCACUCGGAUAGGUUAUGGAAAAGACACAGUUCGCUUAACGCUAUUUUGCCAGGACACGUAUCGUCACUUCCAGAUACAUGCAAAGGGUAUCACAAGUCGAUCAUGGUUGUCUUUCAUAGCAUUGACAAGGAAUUGAUUCCUUCAUCUGAACUACCCUUCCAAGAAUAUUUGUUAACCAAUGGACAACAAGUAUUAGUCCACGUUACAGAGGGGUCAUUCAAAUUUGCUCCAGCAACGGAACGAACGGCGCAGGUAGGCCGUAGUAUUGAUUACGAAAAAGUCCGUGCCACGCUAGGAACAUUUGUUGAGGGUUCUCAAAAGCAAAAAGGUAUGUUGACUUGUGGUCAUACCUUCCUAAAAGAUUUUUUAGACAAAAAUGAUUCUUCUUAUGACCGUACAUUUGAUACAAACACUUCAUCAGAAGUCCUCAGAGUGUAUAAAGUUGAGGAAAAGCGCCUGAAAAUUUAUAAUGAAGACAGGACAUCUGCAGAUGAUAACAACACAACGAAACCUACCGCUGACGAUGCAAUGGAAAUUACGUAUCCGCAUGGUGGCAGUUGUGGAUAUGUGAAAAGAUUGCUAUUUCGGCCAGACAAGGAGGUUGGUAUAGACGCAGCUCUUAUCCAGUUUCACGAUGACGAAACAUUCACUAUUGGUCCACAUCUGCACCUUGAGCAUUCAAUGGCCCAACAACAACUGGAAAAUCAAGGUAUUCAAAACAUGGAUUACCUGCAGUUCAAUAACGGCGAAGCAUUUGAAUGUACAAGACCUGUCCGUGUCCUAAAAUGUGGCAUUGGAACUGGUUUAACUUAUGGAGUCAUUCCUUUCGAACGUUCAACGGGCCAAGUUAGAAUAAGCGACGAUAACUUCGAGCCUAUGGGAUUCAGCAACAGUAAAUCAAAACACAUAAUGAAAGGACAGCUUGUGGUAAAACCAUUGGUACAAUCGACAACAUUCUUUGCUCAAGGAGAUUCGGGAUCUGCAGUGUUUCAAAUGGGGCCAGGUUCACCAGGUUCGCCAGGUUCGCCAUUGAAGUGCAUUGGAAUGGGUAUUGGAUAUAUGACGAAGAGCACCGACACGCUUGUAACUCCAAUUCGUUCGGUUUUAGAAGCGGUAUCGGAGGGCCAGGAAACCACGUACACACUACUGACAUCAUUCGACAUCCCUGCCGCAGAUGAAGGUGAUUCUUAAACAGUUCCCUGCUUGGAGAUAUCUCAGAAUUAAUCGAGGAUUAAUGACUCAGCCAAUAGCUUGUUCAAAGAUAAAUACGUGAAGUACGCGUGAUAGUAAUAGCAAUUGGUGGUGUGAAAGGAGCUCAGCGUUAUCAAUGAUAUACAAACAAGAAAUUACUCUUCAUUAUUUAUGUAAAUAUGGAUGCAUAACUUCCUUUUGUAUGAAUAAUACAUCAUAUUUUUUAUUUUAUUUUUCAAAGCAUACCUAUUAAAUGUAUAACCCUAAUUACCCGUCUAUGCUGACUAUUUGG